AUGUGUUCACCGGAACGUCAGACAGUCAAUAAGCCACCAGUCCACGCCAGUGGUUUCUAUGGCAACCACAGAAGCAGAUGCAGGAGUGACUUCAACCAGGAGUAUCGUAAAGCAGCCCGUCCACAACCUCCCGAUAUCUUUCUGAAAAGGAUGAAGGAAACCCCUUCAAAGCACAUAUUCUCCAAACAUGACAACCGACAGGCCUUCCCAGGAACAGCGACGUAUUUUGAGCAUGGCUUAGGGAGAAAGAGAAUAGAAGGGAGUCUUCACAAUACCCGGAACAUGAUUGACUGGGUCCCCUUGAAGGAGGAAUUGGAACGUGACAGACCCCUUCACACGAGUUAUCAAUACGAUUUCCACUCCAAAGGGAAGGUUCCCCAGCUCUUAAUCCAACACCACUUCCAAAGGCAACCUCUUCAACGCACACCCAGCACCACCUACCAACAUACCUUCCACAGCUACUAUCUGCCUCAACCCAUCCCCAGCAUACUCCAAGAGCAGCGGUUGGCCGAGGAUCCCAAACCGAAAGAUCCCGAACCUGCUGUUCUUGCCUCCAGUGAGCCUAGCACUCUUGCCUCCGAGGAUCCUGCAGCUCCUGCCUCCAGCGAGGCCACGGCAACGGACCACACAACAGCCGCAGAAGCUGUCGCUCCGGCACCUGUUUCUAAGCGUCCUGUGUUUCUUCUUCCACCCCGGCUGACAGUUUUCGACUGUUUGCACUGGCAUAAUUGUUGACCGCCCAUCCGAAAGGUUCUUUUUCAUUUGACUGAGGAAAAUGAAAUGCUCUUUUGUAAAUGCUAAUAGUGAGAGAUAAAUAAAUAAAAUCUUGCUGGACUGCA